AUGAGGCCGAAGCUGUCACGGGGCAGUUCCCUCUUCGGUUCGGAUCCGCAAGUACAAUUGAGGACGGCUCUGUUGACCAAUGAUUUUGCAAGCUUUAAAAAACUCGUCAGCUACGGCACAGUGGAUCUCGAGUAUGUGUAUCAACAGCCGGAUUACAAAACAUGUCUGGAGAUAGCAGUAUCCGAAAAGAACAAACAAGAUUUUGUUAAGCUUUUACUGCAACAUGAAGUACAAGUUAAUAAAGUUAAUGAAGAUCACGCUAUGGCUCCAAUACAUUUUGCAGUUGAAAAUGCAAACAUCGAAGCAUUGCGGCUACUACUAGAAGAUGACAGGAUCGAUGUGAAUAUUAAAAGCAAAGGUAACACGGCUUUAUUAAUGGCCAUCAAGAAUAUUGAGGAACUGGAUGACGACCGAGAACGAGAUUUAGCUAUCUAUGAAGACAUGGUUGAGUUGCUGUUGAAGGCGGGUGCCAAUGCUAAUAGCCCCGAUUCUAAGGGCGUAACUCCGGUGCAUUCUGCUGCUAAACAAGGUCUGGAACGAGUUGUUACUUUGAUAUUAGACUAUUCUAAGGAACCUGUUUACUUAGACUCAUACAAGGAUAUAAGAGGAAGAACGGCACGUUAUUAUCUCGAACAAGCAUUUCCACAUUUGCUGGCGAAGUUUGACAAUCAGGAAGUAGAACCAGAAGAAAUUAAUGUCGAUAAAUUAUUUUCGUAUAUAAGCAGAGAAGAAGAAGAUAAUUUUAUCCGUGACUUUACGAAACUAGUUAAGAAAAAUGAGCAUCGCACAGCAUUGGCUGCUAACAACGGGAGUGGCACAAUGUUGCAGUUGGCUACUAAAUCGGGGAUGUAUAGAGCAGUUAAGACUCUGCUCCUCUCUGGAGCAGACCCAAACGCUACAUGUUCCUGUAACACCACUAGACCUAUAGGAAUAGCUUGCCAACAUGGUCACUAUAAAAUCCUUAAAAUGUUUGUCGACAACGAAUCAACUUUAUUCGAUCCUGUAAAUGGAGAAUCCCUUGUACAAAUAACUGUGAAAGGUAUGCGAUCGUUUUCCAAGGCACCAAAAGAAAGCUUCAAUGAUUGUUUACAACUAUUAUUAAAACACCCCAAAGUAAACAUAAACGUAAAUCAUUCCGAUAUAAAAUACAACACAGCACUGCACUACGCUGCUAGGAACGGUGACCAAGAUACAGUUCUAGAGUUACUGAGAAACGGAGCCUGUGUGGGCUUACGGAACAAAUUCAAUGAACCACCCUUGGCAGAUAUUAACGCUAAAACAUUAGAGGCAUAUUUGGAUGAAUGUGUUACGACUAAUAACCAACGAGCAAGUGACGACGACUAUGAGAUACAUAUGAAAUACAGUUUCCUUGUUUAUCCCAACAAUUCGUUGGAAAACGAGCUUUGCAAGAUGCCUCUAAUGGAUAAUUCCAGCACUAACGAAAAAGAGUUGGAUUCUUUCCUAGCGCCAGAAACGGAUGCUUUACUGUAUAUGACAACAAACGAAGAUCUGCGCCCACUACUCAAACAUCCAGUUAUUACCAGUUUCUUAUAUCUGAAAUGGCAAAGAAUAAGUUGCCUGUUCUACGCUAAUAUAACUUUCUAUUCACUUUUUUCGUUGUGCUUGAUUCUGUACAUUAUGUUGGGGUACGGGGUAGAGAAGAAGCAAUCGAAAUUGAUAGAAGCGUUAAAUGUGAUCACUCAUAUUGGGGCCGUAAUAGGUUUGAUCGUCUUAAUAUUUCGAGAGCUGUUCCAAUUACUUGUAGCGCCGACACGAUAUUUACGAAGUUUUGAGAAUUGGAUGGAAAUAGUACUGAUAUUUGUGACCGCACUUGUAGUAGGGAACGACUCGGCGGCAGAGUCUACUAAGCAACAAUUGUCCUCGGUGGCUAUAUUACUAUCAUCCGCUGAACUAGUUCUGCUCAUUGGUCACUUCCCUACUCUAUCAACAAAUAUUGUUAUGUUAAAAACAGUCUCAUGGAAUUUCUUUAAAUUUCUGCUCUGGUAUUGUAUCUUAAUAAUAGCAUUUGCUUUGAGCUUUUAUACAUUAUUCCGACAUGAACAGGAUGACGAGGACCAGAAAGCACCGAAUCCAAAUAGUACAGGAAAAGAGGAGGAAGAAGAGGAUUUCUUCGAGGACCCAGGCAGGUCGUUAUUUAAGACGAUAGUCAUGUUGACGGGAGAAUUCGACGCCGGAUCUAUUAAAUUCAGUACAUUCCCAGUAACGAGUCACUUUAUAUUUAUUGUAUUUGUGUUUAUGAUUCCAAUUGUAUUAUUUAAUUUACUCAACGGUUUGGCUGUAAGCGAUACUCAAGAAAUCAGAGCUGACGCAGAACUAGUGGGACACAUUUCUCAAGUCAAACUAAUAUCGUACUUUGAGAGCGUACUCAUUGGUAAUGCUAACUCAUACGGCAAGCCCAGCACGUGCUGGUCGUGGAUGCCGGCUAGUUUCGAAAAUCUAAACAUCAUAAAGCCUAAAAUGUUUUGCAUGAAACCUUUCGCUAAACGAAUCAGUUUGUUCCCGCACUUUUUACCAAAAUAUAGGAUAAUUGUGAAACCGAACCAGGACAACAAGAUCGAGAUUCCUCACGCUGAGCCGCUGAAAUAUGGCGACGAUUAUGAGGAUAUUGAAGGCGGCGCGGGAGGGUGCUGCUUUGAACGCUGUCAGAAUUACAGACUGGAUCCAAAAAUAGUAAAGAACACAAAACUGGUUGUGAGUAAGAAAACGCAUAUUACCGAAUUUGACGAAAUUAAAAGUCAACUAUCAAGAAAUGAACGGAAAAUAGAAGAUCUUGAAUUGAAAAUACAGAAGGUGUUACAGGCUUUGGAAUCUUCUCACAAGUAA